AUUCGCAACAAUGGCCGUUCAUAAAGAAGCUGUAAAGAAUGUUAAAUUUUAGUUUUCUAUUAUUUAACAGUUUUUAUAUAUUAUUAGAAUAUAUCUUUCUUUAAAAUUUUGUAUUUCAGUGUUGAAUAAUUUCACGUGUGUUCAUAAUGUUGCGUUUAAAGAAAUUGAACAUUUAUAAAAGUUGUUUAAUUAAAUUUACAUAGAUGUGUGCGAAUUCGAUCCAAAUAAAUAAAGAAAAUUGGAGACACGUCAUCUUUUUAAAUAAAGUGAAAUCUAUUAUUUGAAUUAGAUUUAUAUUUUGUGAUAUUAUUAAAUCGAACAGUUAAAAAAUGCAUAAUCGAAGGCGAAUGCAUAAUUUCACGUAUGUCAGUUCGUGUGUGAAAUACAUGAUCUUUCUUCUUAACUUUAUCAUCUGGUUAUUCGGCGGAUUGCUAAUUGGAGUUGGUCUCUAUGCAUUUGUCGAUAAAUGGCAAGCUACAGGAUCUGUGAGAGUGGAAAAUGUCUACGAUGUCGUAUUAAAUAUUUCUUUAGUGAUGGUGAUAGCUGGAGGAGUUGUUUUUAUUGUCAGUUUUGCUGGUUGCGUUGGAGCUUUACGUGAAAAUACCUGUCUUCUAAAAUUCUAUUCACUGUGUUUAUUGGUAUUUUUCCUUCUCGAAAUGGGUGUUGCUAUUGUUGGAUUUGUCUUUCCUCACACACUUCAAUCUCUACUCGAGGAAUCAUUCACUGACAAAAUAAUUCAAUCAUAUCGUGAGGAUCCUGAUUUACAAAAUUUCAUUGAUUUUGGUCAACAAGAAUUCAAGUGUUGCGGUUUAAGUCAAGAGGGAUAUUUAGAUUGGGGAAAAAAUGAAUAUUUUAAUUGCUCUAGUCCUAGCGUCGAACGUUGUGGUGUUCCAUUUUCUUGUUGUAUAAAUGCGACAGAUAUUUCGAGCGGUCUAGUGAAUAUAAUGUGCGGUUACAAAGUGCAAAUGUUUCCAGUAUCGGAAGCUAGUAAAAAGGUGUGGACCAAUGGUUGUAUCGAUAUUGUGCGAAGUUGGGCUGAGAGAAAUCUUUACACGAUAGCGGGAAUUGCAUUGGGUGUUGCAUUGAGUCAAUUGUUCGUUAUCUAUUUGGCAAAAACACUCGAGGGACAAAUCGAACUGCAAAAAUCACGUUGGCAUUAUUCCUGAGGUUGACCGCAGGCCACCUACCGCUAUCAUGUAAGCUCCUCGAACAGCAGGCAGGUGGCAAGCGGCCGAUCCAGAGGACAAAAUGCAGAGGCCAGUGUAAAUGCCCGGAUGGUGUUACUCGUCCUUUUUGCAAUUUCUCUUUAUGUGCUCUUUAUACUCUCACUGAUACGCCUUGUUCUCUAUUUUAAAAACUAUUUUCAUUUAUUUUUCAAUAAGAAUUAGUUUUCAUCCGCGAUUAUACACUCUCACAAAAGAAAACAGACAGUGAAUUUAGGAGGACUUUAUCGCCUUGUGAUUCUUGACAAAACUAUUCUCACGUUCUCUGACGUUAAUAAUAAUAAUAAUAAUAAUAUACAUAUAUAGUUAAAACAAA